AUGCUAACUCACACUUAUGAGUUUUCUACCACAUUUUGCUUAUUCUGUGCUUCUUCUUUUACAGGCUUACCGGCGGAAGUAUUUCUCUACUGGCAUCAGUAUCCUUAUUUAUUCGGAUUGCCAUUUUGCAAGAUACGUGCAUUUAUUGCCGAAGCUGCAACUUAUGUUUCUGUGUUGACUGUUGUGGCAUUUUCUACAGAAAGUUUUCUCGCAAUUUGUCAUCCAUUGCAUCUCUACACGAUGGGGGGUUUUAAACGUGCUCUGCGUAUUAUUACUAUUUUAUGGACUGUUAGUUUUAUUAGUGCUAUACCUUUUGGUCUACUGACUGAUAUAUAAUAUAUGAACUAUCCUUUUGAUAACUCAACUAUAGCAGAUUCAGCUUUUUGUGCAACUAGACCUUUUGACUUUCCUUUUUUCGAGAUUUCAUUUUGUGUCUUUUUUGUUAUACCGAUGAUACUCAUUAUAAUACUCUACGGCAGAAUGGGCGCGCAAAUCCGAUCAAGAAAUACUCAACAAUUAGGUAAGUAUAACAAUUGUUUGAAAAAUUAA